AUGUAUCGGAAGUUGUCUAAGUUAGAACACUCGGAAAUAAAACAACUUCUUACAGAAGCUAAUAUAGAUGUUGCAAAGCAUUACGCAACAAACAAAAAAGCACUCGCUGACAUCCUCAAUGACUAUAAUGGUGCAAUAAGUUAUGAUAGAAUUCAUGAGUUCAUAAAGCCGCAACGCGGCGAGGACGAAGUCCAUGCAAGAGCAUUUCCUUUAAAUGACGUUGCUAUUGACUUAUAUCAUAGACGUUCAGUACCUCAUGAAGUAAGAAGAGAAAUGUUUGACAUAACAAAUGCAAACGUUGGUGAAACAAGAAGAAGAGACGACACACUGAAACAACAGAGAAGAGAGAUGUUUAAGAGCGCUAUAGAACAAGUUCGCAAAGCUAACGAUGUCAUUCGUUCCAUUGACGACAAACCAAAAGAAGGUGAGAGAUGGUUAAAGAAAGAUGAAGAGAAUAGGAAGAGAAAUGUGAAGUCAGGCAAUAGACUCAUUGACUUUAACAUCGAAGCUUUAGAUGAACCAAACAGAGACUACUUACACAAACAUUUCGGUAAGGUUUUCAUGAGACUCUUAGAGAAAAUUAAAAUAAACUCACAACAGAGAUGGAUGGUAUGUUAUAAACUUGGUGGAAAGUAUGAAUGUUCUACGUUAAACCUCAAUAAUAUUGGAACAUUACUACAUCAGCUCUUGAAGGAGAACUUUAUAUCAGAGAUAGAAGCAAAUGCUGCAGGUAUUGUUGAAAUGCACUAUGACUUCUUCUUGACAAACAUAAAGAAUCUUACUGAAAUAAAGAUGUAUGAUUUAACAGAAUAUGAAGGCUUAACGAUGUCAGAUGUAAAGAAAGGCAAACCAAAAAAGAGACCAUAUAGAGAUGAAAGCACACUGACAAAUGACCAGAAAGCCAUUUUGGAAGCUCUUAAGCAAACAGGAAACCCAGCACUUAUAGAAAGCUUUUGGAAAGAUAAUGGUGAAAAGAAGUUUUAUAAGAAGAGAAGCGGUCAGUUCUGGAAGUAUCUUUGCACAUUACCUAUAAAUCUUGAGCGCUACCAAAUCUUCAAUGAACUGAACAAAAGAACUGCAAC